AGAAAUGGCAGAAUCUUGGGUUUCUUCAUCAAUCCAAGAAAACCCAAAUGAGGAGGAAACAAAUGAGUCAUUGGAAUCAAUCUUUUCUUCUUCUACGUUCAACCGACAAGUGGAGCGGGAAGAAGGAGAAUUGCCCAAGCUAAGGAGCUUAUCGUCGAGCGGCAGCAGGAAGAAGAAGAAGAAGAAUCAAGUUUUGCUUGAAGGGUAUGUUGAUUCGGCUGAUGAGGACGAUCUGUCGAGGACCAAGAGCUUAACGGAUGAGGAUCUCGAUGAGCUCAAAGGGUGCUUGGAUCUGGGAUUUGGGUUCAGCUAUGAAGAAAUUCCCGAGCUCUGUAACACCUUGCCUGCUCUUGAGCUUUGUUACUCUAUGAGCCAGAGGUUCAUGGACAAGUCGCCGGAGACCUCUCCUGCUGCACUGGAUUCCUGCUCUUCUGUGUCUAGUCCGAUUGCCAAUUGGAAGAUCUCCAGUCCUGGUUAGUGAUUUGGGUUUCUCUCCAUUUUGUUGCUCAAUGUUAUAGAUUUUUUUUUUCUGUCUUUUGUUGCCGUCUUUUUAUCCAUUUCGAUUGAUUGAAGUGCU